UAAAAUCUUCCUCUCCUUAUCUUAUACUUUGAUUUCCUUCCCCACCCACAGGCCACAGCCAAGAGCGUUACGCCCCAGAAGAAAACAAUGGCUACUGUCACCUCUGCUGCCGUCGCCAUCCCCUCAUUCACCGGCCUAAAGGCCGGCGCCACCGCCAAGAUCUGCGGUGCCUCCAAGGUGGCUGCUUCUCCUGCCCCCAUGGUCGGUGUUAAGGCUUCGCUAAAAGAGGUUGGAGUGGCUGUCGUCGCCACCGCUGCCAGCGCAGUGCUUGCCAGCAACGCCAUGGCCAUCGAGGUCCUUCUGGGCAGCGACGAUGGAGGAUUGGCGUUCGUGCCCAGCAACUUCAGUGUAAGCGUUGGGGAAAAGAUCGUCUUCAAAAACAAUGCUGGGUUCCCCCACAAUGUGGUGUUCGACGAGGACGAAAUUCCUUCCGGCGUCGACGCCGGUGCCAUCUCCAUGUCCGAGGAUAACCUUCUCAAUGGCCCCGGCGAGACCUACUCCGUGACGUUGAGAGAGAAAGGUACCUACACUUUCUACUGUGCUCCUCACCAGGGAGCUGGCAUGGUUGGCAAAGUGACUGUUAACUAAGUCAUCAUGGAUGCCUUUUGUAAGGAUGUCUAGCUCUCAUUUUUUUUUUCUUUUCUUUUUACUACUACUACUCAAUUAAGGAUUAAGGUCGGUCAUGGGCUUUGUUGUUUUCUCGUUUCUAUUUCUUUUCGGAUAGUAGAAUUCUGAGGGCUGAGGGAGAGAAUGGAUGAAUGAAUAUGAAAUGAUGAAUCAAAGUUCAAAGCACCUUCUACCUGUAAUUUCAUUUUCUCCAUCUAAACUUGUAGAUUUCGUGUUGUUCUUAUAUCAAGCCUUUAUGUAUAUCUAA